GGUUAGGCCACCCUCAUAAAACAAGAUUGUUUGAGAUGUUUAGGAAUAAUUGGUUUUCAGGUUCUGUUCAUACUAUUCCUGAUCAUGAGUGUGGAACCAAAAUUUCUCACCGCUCUUUUGGUACUAGUACUACUAUGUAUUCGAAGCCUUUUGAUUUGGUCCAUAGUGACUUAUAGGGCUCUUCUCUUGUCACUGCUCGGCUGUGGUUUUGAUACUUUGCUUUAUUCGUCGAUCAGGUCACUCGGUUCACCUGGGUUUACUUUCUUAAGCAAAAAUCAGAGAUGGUUGAUGUUGCUCGUGAGUAUAUCCAUAUGGUUUCUACUAAGUUCUGCAAGGUCAUCAAGAUACUAUGGUCGGAUCUUGGGAGUGAAUUUGUAUCUCACCCACUCCAUGACCUCUUUCGCUAGCAAGGGAUCCUUCCUCAGUAGUCUUGUCCUGGUGUCUCGUAGUAGAAUGGGGUGGUGGAACGCAAGCACUGUCAUGUCCUUGAGCUUACCCAUGCCUUACUCUUUCGAUCUCGAGUUUCUCCUAUCUUCUGGGUCGAGGCCAUUCAUAAUGUAGUGUACUUGAUUAAUCAUCAAGUCACUCCGGUUCUUGAUCAACAGAGCCCCUACCAGGUCUUUUUCUUGCGUCUUCCAGAUUAUAAGUGGCUUCGAGUUUUUGGGUGUAAUUGUUAUGCCUUCUUCCUCGUUGGGAACGUAACAAAUUAUCUCCCAAAACUGCUAAGUGUGUGUUUGUCGGGUAUAGUGACAAACACAAGGGAUAUGCGUGUUAUGACGUUGCCAACCAGCAUUUUCGUAUCUCUUGUCACGUGUUUUUUUUUAGCAUUCUCCCUAUUAUAUGUCUGACCAGUCAGUUGAUAGCUCUCAAUGGGAUUUUUGGCUCCUCUUCCUGCCUUUUCAGCGCCCUCAGUUCCCCUCGUUUAGGAAGAUGACGAUCCCCCCUUCUUCGCUGCUAGCCAGCUCGUCCUCCUCUUCUUCUGCCUCCACUGGUCCCUCUUGUUCUUCUUCGUCCUUGACUUCCUCUAGCCCUUCGAUACCAAAGGGAAGCCUCCUGCUCGUCAUUCUACUUUCGUUGCAUACUCUGCCAUGUCCCCAAUUUUUGUUCCUGCCACAUAUAAGCAAGCUCAAGGUCUUCCAUAGUGUGAGGCGACUAUGGAUACUGAAAUUGAUGCAUUGGAGGCUCAACACACUCGGGAUCUUGUUCCUCGGCGUCCUAAGAUGACUGUUAUUGGUAGUCGAAGGGUUUAUGCACUCAAGUUUCUUAUUGAUGGGUCUCUUGAACGUCAGAAGGCUCGUGUGGUUGCUCAAGGGUUCCUACAGCAGUUCGGUGUGGAUUAUGAGGAGACGUUUGCUCCUGUGGCUAAAAUGCAAACUGUUCGAAGUCUUAUUGUUGUGGCCGUUACACAGGAUUGGCCGUUGAUACAGUUGGACGUCAAGAAUGCCUUUCUGCAUGGAAAUUUGAAGGAGACAGUGUCCACCGGGUUACACAAAGGGGGAUAGACCAUGGUUUGUCGUCCUCGUUGGUCACUGUAUGGUAUGAAGCAGGCCCCCAGAGCUUGGUUCGAGAAUUUCCAGAGUACGGUUCUUCGGUCGGGGUUUGUUCAGAGUCAGAAUGAUCCCUCUCCGAUUCUUCGUCAUACAUAUUGUGGCAGUCACAGUCCUGCUGAUUUACAUUGAUGAUAUGAUCAUUAGUGACAAUGAUCAGGCAGGUAUCCAGUUUCUCAAGGUUACUCUCCGAGAUGUGUUUAACCUCAAAGAACUGGGUACAUUAUCUUACUUUUUGGGCUUGGAGUUUAAUUGAUCGGUGGCAGGUAUUCAUGUGUGCCAACGUAAAUAUAUUGUCAAUCUCUUGGAGGAGGCACAAAUGGAUACCUACGACUCUUGUGCAACGCCGAUAGAACAAAAUUUCAAGUUAACACUGUCUUCUGGCGAGAUACUACAGGAUGGUACUCUGUAUCGCAGUAUUGUGAGCAGUCUGAUAUAUCGUACUCACACUCAUACUGACAUUGCCUAUGCAGUACAGAUUGUCAGCCAGUACAUGUCUGCCCCUCGGACUCACCAUUGGUGUGCCAUACAGAGGAUCUUGCGUUAUUUACGGGGCACGCAGACUGUGGGCUUAAGAAACAAGAUUGUGUCGUGAAGUCCUCUACUGAAGCGGAGUAUCAAUCGAUGAGUGAGGUUACUUCUGAGAUGGUGUGGCUGCAACGCUUCUUCACUAAUUUUGGCGUGGUGUGUCGUACUCCUAUUCGUCUCUAUGUAGAUAACACGAGCGCGAUUCGGAUGGCCACCAACCCAGUCCUCCACGACCGCACCAAACACAUUGGGGUUCAUGUUCACUACAUUUGAUUUUUGGUGACGGAGGGGACUAUCGAGCUUGCUUAUAUCACGUCAGAGGAUCAGACGGCGGAUCUGUUAACUAAGGUUGUUUCUUCUGCAUGACAUUGGUUUUUGGCUCACAAAUUGAUGUUGCGGCAACACCAUCAACUUGAGGGAGAUUGUUAGAAGUUAAAGGUUUAAGUACCAUUUUGUAAUUAGUCAUGUACAUAAAUUUUCUUUUCUUAGGUGGGUUAGGGCUUGGGGUGGUCGAGUAUAUAUGUGUUGGUGAAGGGCUUUGGCCUAUGCAAGUUUCUGUGAACGUGAAUAAGAGAUCACAGCCUUCUUCCGUAGACUAGUCCCAACGAUCAUCAUUGUUGGAGAAACCACGUAAUCUCGGUGUUCUGUGUUGCGUAAUCUUUCAGAUUUGAUUAUAUUGACAGUAACAUACCUCACCAAUGAGAACCUCAAAGUGAACAAGGUAGUAGGUAGGGUAGGGUGUACUUAUCCUUAGUGAAGAACAAUCUAGCUAAUAACAUUAAAUAAGCAUUUGCUCGGAACUAACCCUAUAGAAGCUGAAAUUAUGUUGGGAAUGCGAAUGAGUGGUAGUCUGAUUGUUUUCAUAUCCAGCCACGUGUUCCUUAAUUAUAUUUAAUGACUGAUUUGGGUGAGUUUUGCAUGGGCUUAGACAACUAUAUGUCCCCCAAGUGUUUGACAAAAUAUCUCUUUGCAGUUUCACCUUGUUCAUGCUUGGGAAUUAUGUUUUAAGGUAAUGUUAGCUUGUUACGAAAAAGUAUUUGGUCUAGUGAUAAUCUGAAUCACAAUUCGUCAUCCUAAUUUAAAUUUUAUCGCUCUAAAACACACUAAAUUGACACAUUUGUCCCCUAACCCUAAUUUCAUUGCGGCACUUUGUAGCUAGCACAUACACCAUCAUUACUGAUCCUAGCAUCCGUGGGAGUGAUCCUCAAGCCACAAUACGAAAACAAGGGUUAAUAUAGCGAUUGUUGGACUAGGGAUAAAUAAAUCUAGGUGACCAUA